GAUGCCUCUUGUCUGCUUUUUGACAUAGCAGAUCCACUUGAACAGAAUGAGUACGAAGCCAUGGAUUAUGCCAAAAAAAGUUAUAUAAUAUAUCUCAUAGGUGGAAAUCAGCGUGAACUUGCCCGCCAAAAGAACCUGAAGAAGACCCAGGAGAUUCACAAAGGGAAAAGGAAAGAGGAUAGCUUGUCUGCCUCUCAGAGGAAACAGAGAGACUCUGAAAUCAUGCAGCAGAAACAAAAAGCAGCUAAUGAAAGGAAGUCUCUGCAGGCAGGAGCAGAAUGAACUGUCUCUAUGGAGAAGACCUAAGGAGAGGGCGUCAAUGAAGCUAAAGGGCCAAGGAGAUCAGACAUUUAUAAAAAUGGCCAGCCAUUAAAUUGUUAUGUUUCUCAUACUUGCAGACUUGUUCAAUUUGCGUUUCUUUAGAGUAUUUUCAGGCUAGUGUAGGCUUAGUUAUCUGAAGUUAUUUCAGCACUGACUGUAUUCUUCUGCAUGCAUAUAAGUAAUGGUACCAGACAAUAGCUUAACUUCAGCUUUUUGUUGCAAUUGUUGGUUUCACUUAAUGGUCCCAGUAAUAAUGAAUUUCUGAAACUGCAGUUAGACCAGGUUUUCUUUUUU